CAUUUGUAAGGCUGCUCAUAAUAAUAUUUGAAUAUACAUAUGCGUGGCUUUUGUUGUGUCUUUCAUUGUUGGAGGUUUUAUUAUUAAAGGUUAAAGUUACAUCUUACACUUGCCUAUUCUCUUUUAUACACUUGAAACUUUUUGCAUCUUUCAGUUGGAUCACAAUAACAUUUCUUAAUAGAUUUUUUUUUUGCUAUAUUAUAAAGAAGAGUUUUGCUGAUAUUCAAAGCAGCUUCAAAAUACCUGUAAGCUUGAGAAUCCUUACCUCAAUCUCUGCCCUAUAGAUAUUACAUUUUAAGUUGCAGGCCGAAUGUUUUAAUUAACAACCCAGAAGAAAAAACAUAGAGUAAAAAAUGGUUAAAAUUGGAUUCAGUUCUCAGUCAUUAGAUGAUCAGGCCUGUUUCAAACAUCAACCCCUCCUUUAGAUCAUCUCACCCUCCAGUCCUCCUCUGACAUUUAGAUUCACCAUAAACCUUUAAAAUAUGAGUGCUGAAAUGCUCUUAGAAAUAUCAUCAAAACUGCAGCAGCUCUAUAACUCUUAAGUGUAUUAAUGGUGCGUAAUGUGCUUCACAGCUGAAGUGCUGUUGCUAAAGACUUCAUUAAUUAGCAGAUAACCUUUCUAUAAGGCGUGCAGGCUAACAAAAUGAUUGCUUUGCUAUUGUUGUGCCUUAUCCUUGGCGAAUCACCUAUUGUCCCUUUGAAUAAUUGAGACCAGUGGAUUUUGCCUGUUUUAUUUUUUCCUUGGUCAGCAACUAGCUACUAGUUUUGUCCCCAAGAUCAAUUGCUUUGGUAACACAACCAGAGAGGGAGAGGGAGAGAGAGAGAGUGAUAGAGAGAGAUAGAGGGAGAGAGAUUUGUGCCCACAAUGGCGACUGUAGGUAUGCUAAAUACCUCUGGUUCCUUAUCCGGGAACUACCUCUUACUCCGCGAUUGGGCCACUGGGUCACGUGGUAAAAGUAACUUUACAGGGCUGCUCGCAAGUAGGAGGGCUUUAUGGAGCAGAAAAACGACAAAGCUAGAAAAAUUAUUUUCCACUCCAGAAAUUAAUGAUCAUGAGCUCGUAUUUGAUGGAGUCUAACUACAUUGAUCCGAAAUUUCCUCCAUGCGAGGAAUAUUCGCAAAAUAACUACAUCCCAGAGCAUAGUCCAGAAUUUUACAGCCGCGCGAGGGACAGUGGCUACCAGCAUCACCACCAGGAGUUAUAUCCUCCGCGGGCGAGCUACCAAGAGCGCCAGUUUAACUGUGCAAGCAUCCCUGAACCUGACACGCCACGGGGACAUGGAAUACCCCAAUCUGCGCACCUGCUGACAGGGAAAGGGCAGCCUGCCUCAUGUGAAACCCCACAGUUGUCCAUGUCCCCCGCCACCCCACCGGCCGCCACCUCCGCCUGCAACCAAGCCACCCCGGAGCAUCCCAACAGCACAGCCUCCUCCAAGCAGCCCGUGGUGUACCCGUGGAUGAAGAAAAUUCACGUCAGCACUGUGAACUCGGCGUACAAUGGGACGGAGCCCAAGCGGUCUAGGACAGCUUACACCCGGCAGCAGGUCUUGGAAUUGGAGAAGGAAUUCCACUAUAACCGAUAUUUAACUCGGCGGAGGCGCAUCGAGAUCGCCCACACCCUAGUUCUCUCCGAGCGACAGAUUAAAAUCUGGUUUCAAAACCGCAGGAUGAAAUGGAAAAAGGAUCACAGGCUGCCGAACACCAAAGUGAGAUCCUCCUCUUCCUCCGGCUCCAACACAGGCUCAGCAGCAGGCGCUGUAGCCGCUGCCUCGGCCACUAACACAGGGGCCCCCGACGAACUGACCGGAGCGCAGCAUGCCGAGGAUAUUACCAGGUUAUAAACCCACGAGCCAGAAAAAGAACUGGAUAUUUAUAGAACAAUUCUAUAUUUUGUUUUGGUAGCUAUCUUGUGCGGUUUCCUUUAAGUCCAAAGUUAUAUAAAAUGCAUGUUAUAUAGCAUGGAUUACUGCGAACACCGAUGAAUUAUUUUUACGUGACACAGGGUUUAAUUUAUUUGAAGCUCAAUUAAAAUGUUUUUUUAUUAAAAAUGUUUUGAAUGAAGGAACAAAAAAAGUAGAAAAAUAUACAUUUUAUCAAAAUGUUAUUGUGGGCCAUUCUUUUUGCCCUGCUGCCCAAUAAGGUGAAAUGCACAAUCUAUUUAUUUCAAACAACACUGGAAGGAAAUCCAUAUAAUAAUAGUUAUUUUUGGUAUAUAAAAAAAAGCUGGAACACACCAUUGAUCUUGAACUUGUUUGUUUUGGAUAAUGUGUGAAAUUACCUCGUGUAUUUCAAAAAACAGGAUUUUGAUUUACAGUUUAGUUUUGUGGUGUUGAUGUUGUGUUUUAGACCGUUAAAAAGCAGAUUAUUGUGAAAUGCAAUAAACGGAGUGUAGUGUACUUGUGCUAAUCAUAUUGGUCAAUAAAACAGUGAGUGUCUACUAGUUUUAAAUACGUUUGGUCGAACCUUUAUUUUAGGCAAGAUGAGGUCUGCUUUAUUACGGUUGUUUGGAGGAAAUCAUAUUUAAAAUUGUACACGUGUGAAUAUUUAAACAAUUCUUGAAGGAAACAAGAACCACUGUUUUCAAUCUUUGUAAAUCCUGCAGCUCAUUCUGGAGUCUUGAAAUUAGCAAUGUGUACAGCCUGUGAGUGUGUGAGGCUGUAUGUGUGUGAGUAUGUGUGUGUAUGUAUGUGUGUUACUUCUGGCUCAUAAUGGACUGAAUAUUUCUAAAAUAUGAGAAAGAAAUAGUUUGCGCUCUGCAUUAUGUGCCACCUCAUCAAGCUGGAGGGCAUUCAAUUAGCGUUAAAGACGUGAAGCCAGUGAGGCCCUGAACGCAACACUGCGCUGCCUCUCUGCUCCCUGCGUCCUGACCUCAACACAAAGCUGCAUGCCAUUCAUUUAGAGGACAUUUGCAAUGUGUUACACAUUUUAGAUCGUUGUGCAAAUAUUCUGAAUCAUUUUGUUACUAGUUGCUCUGCUUUUUCUAGAGUCCACUGCGCCAUGCGACUGAAUUUUCAAAUGUAAAAAAUAAAAUAAAUAAAAUAAAAAAUUUAAAUAAAGUCAUGGAUUGCAGAGAUUGAGUUUUAAUUCGUCAUAUGGUGUUCGUUGGGGAUGGAGAUGGAGGAAACUCGCUGGUCUUUGGUAUCAACUCUGCAAUGAUGCUGAUAUUUUCCUGUGUGUUGUUUACUCUCUCGUUUCCCCCACAUUUCCCUGCUCUCUCCCCAUUGGGUCAGUGUGCAGCAGCUCGCGAGAAUUCAAAAAACUACAUUUAAAAAAAAAAACGUGCUCAAUGCAACGUCAUCGCCCGCUUUUCAUUUGGCAGGAGGGCUAACAAACUAAAGGACUAUUUACGAAUGUAUAUGCUGGACUAAUCCAACAACAUGACAAAAUAUCACACAGACUGCACAUUCAUUGAGGUUUCUAUUUGUUUUUUUUGCUUUGUUUUUCUCUCUCGCACUGAUGCAUUCUUCUUUUUGUUGUUGUUGUUGAAAAAUGUACGCAGAAGGAUUCCAGUUGAACCAUGACUUAAACCCAAAGACGUGCUAGAAUUUGAUAGAUUAUUGAAAUAGUGACAUGAAUAGGCCUUAUAUAAAAUGCCUCGCGUAGUGGGGGAGCUCGAGAGCACAAAAGGAAGAGGUAUUCUCCAUCAUCAAUCUUUCACUACACAGCUUUGUGUUAUGUUCGGGAAAAACAGCUCUGGCUACAGCCAGUGUCGAUCCUUGUAAAUAUGAUGUACCAGUCGGUAAAUCGUGUAACAUUAUUCCAAAAUGUGAGCUUUUAAAUGUACUCUAAAAUAACUCAAUUUAUCUGGACCAAAGCGGGCAGAAUCUGCCUUUAGAAGAGGCUUUGAGAAGCCACUAGAAUGGUGUUGAGACGGGGUUGAAAAAUGAAUCCACGAGCCUUUAUGUUGCUGGACAGAUUAGAGAAAUUAAUGUGCGCGCCACAGUCGCAGCAUCCCUCCGCUCCCUUUCUCGGCCCUGUCGCCUCCAUGUCGCGAGGCUGAAAAGCUACUUUAUUGAAGUUUUGGGGCGAAGAGGGAAAAGGCCGAGUUCACCUCGAGGACACAUUUUCUGUCCCAUUACGCUCAUUUCAGUCUGGAUGGCCCACCUCUCCCACCCUGUGACCUGACUCCUUCUGUACGCGCGCUGCUCCCCAUUGGCCUCGGCUUUCUUUUGUGGAUUUUUCCUCGUUGUGCCCGUAAAGAGGCCUGCAGUGGGGCAGCACUGAAUGUGUACCUCUCCUUUUGUUAAUCAGUCUGACCUAGGACUGUGCUGAACUCUCAUACAGACCUGCAAGACCCAAAACACGCGUCUUAAUUUCUGAGCAUCUUUUAAACCGACCUGAAAACUAUUUGUGGUCACUUCGAGCGGACAUUACGCAGUGAGAACGCGAGUAGGGCCUACGACAAUAACACAGGAUUGUAUGAAAACCAUUUAUCAAUCUGGUAAUGCGUAAUAGAGGUCUUUAAAAACACCUAAUGGGGAAAACAUGUUUUUUUUUUUAAUAGGCAUUUUUCUUACUGAUUCCCAAAAGACAUGUGUAUCUGAUCAAUUUAUGAAAACAGCUAAAAUUAGCAUUAGAUGUUAAAAAUGUCUCACUUUCAGAGGUUAAUUACAUUCCCCAAAGUGUCCAAAAACCAGAGGCAGUAAAAAAUAGCCUGGCGGUCACAUGACUUCUGUGUGACUUGAGAGAAUAACUGGCCUCAGGUCAGUACUUCAGCUCAAAACUAAGCUGCCAAUUAUAGCCAGGUGUUUGUGACAGUACUGGGACAGUUGGUCAUUAUGAUUAGUUUAUGGACAGGGACCUUCAAGUUCAGUCACAAAAACCUUCAAAGUUCCACAGACACUUCACUCCUCCAGAAAACUUUUAUUUGAAACCAAAUGACAUUUUCGUCCAGUAAGAAAUCAUUAAUUUAUUGAUCGUUUAAUAUAAGAUUUUUCAAAAGAAUGACAAGUAAAAGGCCAAAGGUAUUGCAUAUGUUUUAUAUAAAUUAGAUUUAUGUGCUUCAUUGUUUUUAUUUUACUCUAUUUGGAGAAAGGUCUUUAUUUCAAUUUCUUCUUUUCAUACAUUGAGUAACGCGUUUAUUCCUUUCUGGUGUGUACAGGACCAAAUAUUUGACACCAGCAUGUUUACAAAGAUAAACAGCUGACAGACGUUCAUGUCCAAACAACUGAUCCAAGUGUCCAUCAAGUGAAAAUCUAGUAGACGGAGCUCAGAUUACACUCCAAACAAAAACAUCGUGUCACAUUUGUUUGAGCUCUUGUAUCGAAGAUUUGUAUGAAGUACAACGAGAACAUUAUGGAUAAUCUGCGGAGAUUUUCUGUUGUGACUUUCUGUUGAUUUAGGAUUUAAUCAAGAAGCCCAUACAAGGCUUUGUUGGAUCUAUUCUGAGAAUAAGCAAUAUGUGAUUUAAGAUGUUUUAUACUAAAGCUUAUGCUGCUUGUCGGUCAUAAAUCAGUCAGUUUGUUGUUUGAAUUUGGGAUAAUGGGCACAGGCUUAUGCUCUAUAUCAUUUCACAUUCCCUCAGAUCUAAGAUAGUAUGUUCAUUUAUGAAGCUAAGAUUGUAUGAUCAUCAAUUUAACAUGAAUUAAAGAAAUAACAGAAAAACACAAAUGAAUGCCAAAAAAAAUUCGAAUUGUUUUCUCUUUUCUUUUCUUUUAUCAAUGAGAUCCAUUCCUUGAGUUUGAAACGAACUGUAAUUAUUAUCGAAGCGUGCCGUUUUUAAGAGUAACUUAAAGAGUCUAAUUCCUCCCCUCAGCACCUCGCAGAGACACGGUGUGUUUUCUGUGUUUGAAGUUCACUGUUUAAAUCCCUCCUCACUUACUCAGCCUCUAACUGCUUUACUUUCUGACUGCAGACUGUUGAAUCACGCACAUGAUUUCAGCUCACAGUGCACCGCUGCAGGCUGCAGGUUGUGAUUUAUGAGCACCUCGGGCCAGGACUCUCUCUUUGAGGAUAUAAAAACUUUACACAAACAGCCUUCGAAAUGUUUGAACAAGAGCAAAUGCCAAAUAAAUAUGACUAGCUGUUUUAACGGCGGCAUGGUUUAUAAUAAUACGGUUUUAUUAAACAAAAAAAUAACCGUCUUUCCCCCGUUCACUCGUCUCAGGUGAGUGCCACCAUUGCUCUGUUUUGAAGGGUCUUGACUGUUGUAUUGUCAGGGUUUAGUGUGUUGAAACGGCAGCCAUGGCAGAUGUAUAAAGGCUGAGAGUUGAAACAGGGGUCACGCUGCUAUUUUCCAGCAACACAGAGGCUCUCGCGCAUUGACCAGCAGUGGGUGUGCCAUAAAUCCGUAAAUCUUUCUGGGGAGCAGAUGCACCACGUCUUUUCUUUGUGUGAGUGUGUGUGAGGGAGGCAGUGUUUAAUGAAUUUACAUAAAGCUAGAUUUUAAAACUCCAUCAGAUAUGUUGAAGUGAUUAACUGUCAGAGCUGGCAAACAUUUCAGAGCAGCUUGGAUCUAUACUCCUGACGCUGGACAUGAUGGCGUGCGUAAACUUUAUGUCACCAUAACGUCUCGCUGAGAUAUUCUUCAUUAGCCUAUUUACUGCAUCGUUGAGGACCUCAGAAAUGACAGUCAUUUUCACGCAGUUCAACACGUCACACGAGGCCCAGACAGGCACUAGAUUGAGUUAUGAUUAUGAGAUUCACUUUUCAUUAGCACAAGUGAUCUGAAUAUGGGAUCCGUAGACUAUAGAUCCACAAUUACGCACAGGUUAAGUGAAAACGCGCUCUUUUUAUUGCAUCUUUUCUCUGCAAAUGAGUCCCUGCAGAAUAUGUGGACACAUGUUGCAUUUCUUCUGCAGUCAUCUCAUGUGGACAGCUGCUGGAGUUCCACUUGGAAUUACAUUUUGGAGUUUGAGAUGAAACUCAUAAUUUCAAACUAAAAGGCACAUUUGAUCUAAAAUCAAAGGGCCACUUGUAAAAUAUAAACUACACGAUUUUAACCUGCUUUCAUAGCUUGACUCACAUUUUUCAUGAAAGCAAUAUUAUUUCAACAUCUUAUUAAGUAGGAUUGUUGUGGGUACUAAAACGUGCCUAUAAUUUAAAUAAUCAUCAAUUAAAAUACAUCUUUAAUGGUAGAUUAAAAAAAGCUCCCAUUCCUUUUGUAAACAAAGUAACUUUAUUGAUAUAUACAUUUUAAACAACAGGAGUUGAUCCAACGUGCUUUAAAGUUGUUUAUUCGUCAGUACAGAUAUAAAUUAUUAAAGAAAUAAUGCAAUAAAAAGCAAUUAAACACAUUCAAAACAACUAUAAUGAAACACUGUACAUCAGAUUUCACAGGUGCACUAUUUCAAACUAUUUGUGGAUACUGCAACAUUAUUUAUUUCAAUUGAUGUCCUGAAAAACAUUUCAUUCUCCUGAGUAAAUAAACAAAAUGUUAUGUCAUCGUCUCAGAGCUGCUGGAUUUAUGUCAUCUGCCCUCCACAUACAGGCCAGGCUGUAUGCUACAGGCUACAUCCUGCCUGUGCCAUAAGCUACACCCAAAUUAAUACAAUAUGUUAAUACACGUGCUUAUGCAAAAGUCAGGACUUGUUUAGGAAAUUGACAGUGUGUGUCUUUCCCUCACUUAUGAAGUACAGUGUGCAAACUCUACUCCUUUCAUUCCACUCUGCAUUGUUUACAGCAAUAUAGGGCAGCGGGCCCAUAAAUCUUCCGCGUGCUCUGCAGAGACAGCGCCAUUUGUAUGCACCGUUUUAACCGACAGCAUCCUCUGCCCAUUAACGUCUUCUCCCCGGCUCUCUCUCUCAGUCUGCUCUUAUCUGCACAGCUCUGUCCCCUGCAAAUACAUCCACUGAUCCGUGCAUCCAGCUCUGGAUACCAUUUAUGUUUAUUUCUAAGAUUAAGGAAGAUUUAAAUCAUGAAAAAAACAAAAA